UUCGCCACACGCCGUUUCCGCGCGGUGCAACAAUAAGAAAAACAUCUAGUCGGUACAUCAACUGAAAACAACAACUGAAAAUAUUGCCAGCACUUCGGUUUCGAUUUCAGUUUCAAUUCAGUUGUUUAAUUGCGGCUAACGGCCAAGCAGCUUAAAUUUUCCGAUUCGUUUCUGAUUGGAAUUCGCUCGCAUACGCAUACACACACACACACACAGAUUUAUUAGAAAUAAUGAGCCGAAUGCUAAUUAAGCCCGCUGCGGCGACAGUUUCAGCCGCCUUGCAGCAACAACAGCAACGUCAGCAGCAACAAUAUGUGAUUCGCCGCUGGAAAUCGUUCCUGCAAAACAAUAGCAACAAUGGCAGUCGCCGUGCGGCGAAAGCGGCGACGUCGACGUCGGCAGCAGCGGCAGCGACGCAACAGCGACACGGCAAAAGCGGCAAUUUCAUUCAACCGUUAGAAGUCCGCCGUUCGUUCUCAACCAGCCAGAAAAUGCCGUCGUCGUCGAAAUCACUGAAGCUGGAUAACAUAAAUCCCAACUUUAUUGCCAUGGAAUAUGCGGUUCGCGGUCCUUUGGUUAUUCGCGCUGGAGAAAUCGAAAAGGAACUGGAAAAGGGUGCCAAGAAGCCCUUCGACCAGGUGAUCCGUGCCAACAUUGGAGAUUGCCAUGCCAUGGGCCAGCAGCCAUUGACCUUCCUGCGACAGCUGCUGGCGCUGACCUUUGAGUCUCGUCUGCUCGAUUCACCCGAUUACCCGGAGGACGUGAAGAAGCGCGCCUGUGCCAUUCUGGACGGCUGCCAGGGUCAGUCGGUGGGCUCCUAUACGGACUCCGCCGGACUGGAGGUGGUCCGUCGCCAGGUGGCCAAGUACAUCGAGAAGCGGGACGGCGGCAUCGCCAGCGAUUGGCAAAACAUCUACCUCACCGGCGGCGCUUCUCCCGGCAUCAAGAGCAUUCUCGCCAUGAUCAACUCCGAGGUGGAUGGCAAGGCUCCGGGAGUGAUGGUGCCCAUUCCGCAGUACCCCCUGUACUCGGCCACCAUCUCCGAGUACGGCAUGACCAAGGUGGACUACUACCUGGAAGAGGAGACCGGCUGGAGUCUGGGCAGGAAGGAGCUGCAGCGCUCCUUUGACGAGGCCAAGAAGACGUGCAAUCCACGUGCCCUGGUCGUGAUCAAUCCGGGCAAUCCCACCGGCCAGGUGCUGACCCGCGAGAACAUCGAGGAAAUCAUCAAGUUCGCCCACGACAACAAGGUGCUGCUGCUGGCCGACGAGGUGUACCAGGACAACGUGUACGACAAGAACUCCAAGUUCUGGUCGUUCAAGAAGGUGGCCUACGAGAUGGGCGAGCCGUACCGCAGCCUCGAGCUGUGCAGCUUCCUGUCCACGUCGAAGGGCUUCCUGGGCGAGUGCGGCAUUCGCGGCGGCUACAUGGAGGUGCUCAACCUGGACCCCCAGGUCAAGGCCAUGCUGACCAAGUCGAUAACGGCGGCGCUCUGCAGCACCACCGCCGGCCAGGUGGCGGUCAGUGCCCUGGUCAAUCCGCCCCAACCCGGCGAGCCCUCCUACGAGCUGUUCAAGCAGGAGCGCGACGGCAUCCUCGCCGCCCUGAAGGAGCGGGCCGAGCUCGUCCACAAGACGCUUAGCAGCUUCGAGGGCUACAAGGUGAAUCCCGUGCAGGGGGCCAUGUACGUCUUCCCCCAGAUCGAGAUCCCGCCCAAGGCCGUCGAGGCCGCCAAGGCCAAGGGCAUGGCCCCCGAUGUUUUCUACGCAUUUGAGCUGCUCGAGACGAGCGGCAUUUGCAUUGUUCCUGGCAGCGGAUUUGGCCAAAAGCCCGGCACCUGGCAUUUCCGCAGCACGAUUCUUCCGCAGACGGACAAGCUGAAGCUGAUGAUGGAGAAGUUCCGUGUGUUCCACGCCGAUUUCAUGAAGAAGUACAAGUAGACGUCUCCCUGCGCCACGCCCACCACCCGUCCCCCGAACCCCCUACCCCUGUGUUAAAAGUGUCGAUCCUCCGGCUUAGGAUUAAAAUAUAAAACUCCCUAUUUGUUUUUUUUUUAUCUUUGUUACUGUGUCAUAACUGAAUGCUUCUUUAAUCUGCUUUAUAUAUGAAAUAUAUAAAUAUAUAAACUGUGUACAACUUUUAA